AUGAAAGAAGGAGAUUUGAAAAAUUAUAUAUUAUUUGAGGAAGAAAAUAAUAUAAGAAGUGAUCGUUUCUGCUACGACUAUUCAAAUCCAUCCCCUACAAAAAAAACAACAAAACAUUUUAUAUCCUAUAAAGCUGAAAUGAAUAAAAGUAGUCUGCUUAAAAGAUCAUCACGUAAACAAAAUGAAUUUAAAUAUGACAUCACG